UGCUAUUUGGGUGUGAAAUAACGAGCGGUCGGAUCGAAUUGCUUAUUUUUAGCUAGCUAACAUUAGCUAUUUGUAAUCAGCUUUCCGAUUGAAAACAUGAAAUUGUUGAGCUCAAGAAAGUUUUGUAAUUUCACGUGUCAUGUGAUGCAAGGCAUGCACUAAUGCAUGGUAAUGCGGUGGAAACGCGCUGACAUCAACUCAGAAAUGAAAUUUCUGCAGUGGACCAUGCAGUGACAAGGUGCCAGUCUGCGCGGAUUAAAAUCAUCUCACAGUGAUGCUGAAAUCAUGGACAAAGUUGAUGCGAAGAAAGUGACUGAGAACUGUGUGGACGAUCUGGGGACAGGUUGUGCUUUCCUCUUCCUGGAGUCCGACUGUCCUGACCUGCUCUCUGCCUAUAAGGACCCAGACAGGAAGUUCAGCCUUUUCAAGGCCAUCAGGCUAACACUGUCAGACGCGGCCGGCGGCCUGGACGGGUAUGAGAUCCUGAAGCUGCACGACGCCGAGCCCCGGCUGGGGGUGGAGAUAAAGUUUGUGGAGGCCGGGGCGUGCCGCAGGUUCCUGGAGAGCUACAGCAGCGGCGCGGUCCAGCAGCUGUUCACCCAGCACGCCGGCCGGGUCCUGCCCGGGGCCGAGGACCUGGCCCUGCACACCCAGCUCAAAGCCGGCGACAGCUCCCUCGACAACUUCCUGCACGACCAGGACCGCUGCCUGCACCACAUUAGCCUGAUAAAGCCUGACCGUCUGCCCGAUGACGAAGUGUGCCGCCUGGAGGAGCUGCUGCGGAGCCUGGUCUUCUCCGACAGGAGCCCCUGCCACCCCACACAGCCACCGUCCUGCAAACAGGAAGCUCCCUGCGUGCCAAAUAACUGCUUCCUGUUUCAGGGGAAGGUGUUUGACGACCGUCAGCUGACGCCGGGCGACCACCAGCGAUUCGCCAACAACAUCGGGCGGGAGUGGAAGAAGGUGGGGCGGGCGCUGCAGAAGACGUGCCGGGCGCUGAAGAGCCCCGCCAUAGAGAACCUGGCGUAUGAGUACGAGCGUGAGGGCCUGUAUGAACAGGCCUACCAGCUGCUCAGCCGCUUCAUGCAGGCCGAGGGCAAGGGGGCCCGCCUGGGCCGGCUGGUCGCCGCCCUGGAGGAGGUCAAGCUCGUCGGGAUCGCCGAGAUCAUGCUGGACCUCCCCCCGAAGGAGUGACCCUGCGCCUCCUAUGUGCCACUGAGAGAGCGGGCUUUGUGUGUGUGUGUGUGUGUGUGUGUGUGUGUGUGUGUGUGUCUGUGUGUCUGUGUGUCUGUGUGUCUGCGUCUGCACGAGAGAGAGGACCCUGUAUGUGUGUGUGUGUGAGAGAGAGAGAGGACCCUGUAUGUGUGCAUGCGAGUGUGUGUGUGAGAGCGAGAGAGAGAGAGAGAGAGAGAGAGAGAGAGAACCCUGUAUGUGUGAGAGAACAGUUUGUGUGCAUGUGUGUGUGUGAGAGAGGACCCUGUAUAUGUGUAUGUAUGUGUGCGAGAGAGAGGGGACAGCGUAUCUGUGUGUGUGUGUGUGUGUGUGUGUGUGUGUGUGUGUGUGUGUGUGUGUGUGUGUGUGUGUGAGAGAGAGAGAGAACAGUGUGUGUGGGGACAGUAUGUGUGCAUUUGCGUAUGUAUUAUUUCCAAAAAAAAAAAAAAAAGCAGCAUUUCUUGUUAUUCCCAACGAGACCAGUUGUCAAGUUUCUUUUAGAGAUCUUUACUCCUCACUGAGUCAUCACUUGGUUGCUAAGCUGCCUGAUGUUAGGGUACAAAUCAAAGGUGACAUGAUACUACGGCGAUGUCAUGGUGGAUGGAUCUUUCUAGGGGCACAACUCAUUUUCUUUUCCCCCCAGUUUUGUACAGUAUCAGUGCCUUGAUGAAAAUGAACUGGAUUGGGAUCAUUUAUGAUCUAGCUAUCAGUUUAUAAACCUAUGCAUUUGUAGUGAUUUUAUAUUGGGAUUUUUACAAGAUGACAAUAAAGGCUUUUCAGUCAAAGAA